ACCGGGCUGUCUUUGUCCAGUCUUUGCUCAAACUAUACCUUUGUCCCUAGUUGUAUCCUGAAUUUAAAUCGUAAUCUAAAUCAUAAUAGCAUGCGCCAAAUCUCCGUCUUCUCGCACUCGUUCUACUGAGAACUCUACUUCAUCACAGGUAACUAACCUAGUGCCAACUAAAUCGAAAUUCAAAAAUGAGUGCCUACAUAAAAGGGCAGAUGGAUAACCUCAAUAAUUGCAUGGUCCACGAUGGUACGCAGGCCUGGACCAUGGUGUCGAUAUACAUAGAUGGCGUUAUACGCAAGAACAGGGUUAUAUGUUUACUCAGACAGUUGGAGAAUGAUAUCGACAGUUGGCUCUCACCAAACCAAAAACCCGAGAGACUGGCAUUCUACCUCGAGGACAACUCUAGCCGCGCAUAUUCGGCGAAGUCUUACAGAAUCCGGGGUAGACUGUCUCCAGGAGAUCUCAGUCAGAUGGGAGUAGUGUCGGUCGGAGAGGAUGGAGACACGGCUCGUCCGGCCACACCACGAUCGGAGAUGGAAGAUAUGACGAGAAGAGAGGUCGAAGAGAUCAGGUUGUAGGUGAGGUGAGAGAAAGCCUGAUGAUGUGGGUGGCUUGCGGCGCUAUGUUACCCAUGCCGUGACCCGUGUCAAGUAGGUAACUUGUAUGUUACUGACGAUGUUUCUUUU